AGGUCAGAGUACAGUGACAGUUAUUCAUAUUCUUCUAUGCUUUGUCUACCUUUUAACUUCUUUCUUGUUUCAUUACUUGACUUAAAAUCAGUCAAGAUAGACUCAUAAACAAAGAUGGUGAGAUUUCUUGGGAUUGAAGGACUGGUCCUUCUCUCUCUUCUAAUAGACAUUACAGAGGCCCAACCACUUCCAGCUUGUGGCCGAUUUAUCCCCUCUGCCCGAAUAGUAGGAGGUACAGAAGCUGAGGUGGGUUCAUGGCCAUGGCAGGCCAGCAUACAGAUUUUAGACUCACAUCAUUGUGGGGGAACCCUCAUUGCCUCACGCUGGGUUCUCACAGCAGCACAUUGCUUUAGCAGUCUCUCAGAUCCCUCUCUAUUUGCCGUUCUUUUGGGAUCCUACAAUCUCUCCUAUCCAGGACCAGAGUCGGUACUAAUGAAUGUGAAGCAAAUUAUCAUUCACUCCAACUACAUUGGGCUCUCAAAAGGCAAUGAUAUUGCACUAAUGGAACUUGAAAGCUCUGUGAAUUUCACCCAGCGUAUCCAGCCUGCCUGUUUACCAGGACUUUCCAUUGUCUUCCCUCCCAGAUUGGGUUGUUGGGUUGCAGGAUGGGGGAACAUUAAAUCACAAGUCCCACUUCCUGAACCCGAGAUUUUGCAGGAAGUGCUUCUUCCCCUUAUUGACAGGGCUACCUGUGAGACUCUUUAUAGUGACUUUAAGGAGCCUGGGAUGGCAACCAUAAUAAAAGAUGACAUGAUAUGUGCAGGUUACAUGGAAGGAAAGAAGGAUGCUUGCCAGGGGGACUCAGGGGGACCAUUGCUUUGUCCAUGGAAUGGAGAUUGGGUUUUGGCUGGUGUAGUGAGCUGGGGAGAUGUCUGUGCUGCCCCCAAACGCCCUGGCGUCUACACUCGGGUUAGUGCCCACACCAGAUGGAUCUUGAGACAUGCUCCAGAAGUAGAAUCUAGUUUCAUUAGUGCCCUAAACCUAAUUAUCCUUAACAAUGGAUGUUCCUUGGUUGCUAUUGCUAAUAUAGCUAUGCUUCUUUCAUUGAUUAUCAAUAUUAUCUCUCUUAUAUAUUAACAAAACUUGGUAGAGAACAAAACUUGGUAGAGCAUGUCUGAAUUUGUCUAGAUUGCCUGCUGUAGUUUGUGCAAACUGACCUUUGUCAAAUCUGUAUGAUAAAGCUCCCACUGUAUGGUAUUCUCUUCUGGAAUCAUAUAUAUUUUGAAAUCAUCCUAUUGUCUGAUCUAAUGCUUCUUGUUUCUUCCUCUUAUUCAUUUAUAUAACAUUAAAGAAUAAUAAGCCAUGAACCUUUUUGUAUUUCUCCAUACUUAUUAUUUUUUUCAGAAUUAUAACAAUGUAAAUUUAUAUCAGUUUUUCCGGAAUGGCAGAUGUACUGGAAUCCCACAGAGGCUUCAUAAAAUAAGUCUGAAAUUUCACGGAAAGCCAGAUCUGUACAGUUUGGCUAGAUGUGCUGUGUUAUACUUUGCAUAUGAAAAUACACACAAACAAGACAUUUCUUGAAAUUCAGUGUGCAGUGAUUUGCUUAUAUAAUUAUGAGCAUAUGAAACAGAGCUGUUUUCGUAUUUUCUUAAGAGUCCUUAUAAUAUUGGGUUGUCAUAGAAGUUGAAGACAGACUAAAGGAAUAAAGCAAUAAUGAAAUAUAGCAACUACAAGAUAAAUAACUCUUAUUUGCUGAAGGUGUUCUGUUGACAAAAUAGCUGUCAUCAAUAUAUUUGCCCAGCUUCCCUCACAGAAGAUCAUGGAAAGGAUUGUAACUCUACACUAUUCAGUUUUGAGAGAAAUCAACACUACUCUGUGCAAGAAUGGAAACAAAAAUCAACUUGUGGAUUAUGCUUUGUGUGAAAUGGUUCAAAGUUGUUCUUUUAAACUUAAUUUCUGAUCUUCAUUGGAAACCCUUCAAUGAACAUUUCUUUUAGAUGGUUUUAAAAUGACAGUUUUUUGUUCUUCUCAAGAGUGUUUCAGAAAAUCAGAUAUAUUCUUCUCUGUUUUUUCAUUGGUCAAGUGAAUAAAAAUAUUGUAUCCUUCUGUACUGGAUUUCAUGACAAUUAAAAGAAUGGUUUCUUUGUUUUAAUUUUAACUUUCAUAUAUUGUUUCAUACUUGAUAUAUAGUUGAUAUAUCUAGAUGGUUCAUAUUUUUAUUCUUUUAUUUUUUCUGUUAUUAGUCAUGUUCUUAUUUUUUAUUCUUGUUUGUAAUUUGUUUUAUUUUUUAGUUCUUUUUAUAUUUAUUCAGACAAUAUAAGUUGUUAAAGGAUUUUAACAAUAAUAAAGAAUACAUUCAUACUUACUGACAUUUUAUCCCCAGGUCUUCAAAAUUCACAAUGUCUUCCCCUUUCCAACAAAAUUAAAGAGAA